AUUUAAAAUAUUCAUGUGUUAAAAUAUUAUUAUUUUUAAAAAUUCUUCACAUAUAAGAAUUUAAAUGUCGAACAAUAAUAUAUUUGUAUCAUUUAAAAGUGAAAUGUAUGCAUAUUUUUGCUAACAUGUUCUCAGGAUUACAAAGGCAACUUACAUUAUUAAAAUUAGUUAUGAUAUUUGUUAUAACGUUCAUGUCAUUUAUAUUAAUAUUAAGUUUACUGUGUAACUCGUGUUUACAUAUAAACAAAUAUAUGAGAAUUAAAAAUUUUAUUAAUAAUGAAAAUAAUAAGCACAGCGAUAUGAUAAGUAAUAAAUCUGUAGCCAUGUUUUCAAUAGAAGAAAUGAAAAAUAUAAAAGAACAAUUGAAUUCUAGAAAAAAUGAAUUAGAACAAUAUUGUAAAACUAUAAGUAGAACAAGUUCAAAUUUAGAUAAUGUGUUAUCAAAUAUGAUUAUUGAUACAAUACAUGGAUUAUCCUGGUGCCCUAUAUACAAAGCAGCAAGUUCUACUUGGAUGAAGCAUUUUGCUACACUUGGAGGUGUAUUAACUGAAUCAGCUAUGGAAUUGAUUCGUAGAAAUAUUUUACAAAUUAAUACAAUUGUUAGAAAAGCAUUUCCACGUGAUCGAGAUGUUAAAAAAGCAUAUCAAAAAUUAAAUACAACAACGAAAUUUUUGAUAGUGCGCCAUCCAUUUGAACGUCUUGUUUCUGCAUAUAGAGAUAAAUUGGAACAUAUAGAAGGAAGAGAUUAUUAUUAUAAAAGAUUUGGACGUCAUAUUACGCACAAAUAUCAUCGAUAUAGGAAACCAAAUGAAACGAAAUUAGAACCUACAUUUACAGAAUUUCUUCGAUUUAUAGUAGAAGAAAAAUACUUUGAUGAACAUUGGGCACCAUUUAUUGAUACUUGUGAACCCUGUUUAAUUCCGUAUAAUUAUAUUUUAAAAUUCGAUACUUUUGAUAGAGAUCAAAAAUUUUUAAUACAAGAAUUAGGAUUAAAUGAAUAUCUGUAUGAAAAAAAUGAUUUAAAAAAUAUAAAUCCACGUGGAGUUACAACUACUACUCUAGUUAAAGAAUAUAUACAAAAUGUUCCUAGAUCAUUGCUUGAUGAAGUUAACAAAGUUUAUGAAAAUGAUUUUAAACUUUUUUCCUAUUUACCUAUAUAAUAUCUUAAAAUAUUUAAGAAUAAUAAUAGACAUAAAAGUGUGAUAAAUAAUUAUGUUUAAUAAUUUUUAUUAAUACAAUUUGAGCAAUAAUAAUCUCUACCACAGACUUAACAGCUUUUAUUUCUUUUUUUAAAUUUUUAAUUGAAAUAAUUAUUUUAUAUUUUCUCUUACUUGUCCAUAAUGGUGUAUAACGUAAUACUGCCAUAAUAUAUAGUUGCAAUAUUAAUUGCGGAGCAGCCCCCAUAAAUGACUCAAAUAAAUGUAACAUACAUAUAUCACUUUCCUGUCUAUAUACCCAAUUUUUAUCCUUCAUAAAUCGUUUGCUCCUUAAUGAAUGUAUUGUGGAAUAAAGUAAAAUUAAAUACCUAGAAAAAUCAAAUUAUUUGCCUUAUCAGAAAAGGCAUAACAAAAUUAAUUAUAAGGAAACAUAAAACAAUACCUGUGUAAAACUCCUAAGAAUAAAAAGUGCAAUAACCAA